UCUUGAGGCGACGGGUGGUGACGCGUUCCAGCCGCGCCGCGGGAAGGUCACACGGCCUUCUCCAAUAUGGCGGCGGCGAUAAGGGGUGGAUGGUGCCGCUGCUCCCGGAGAUGCCUUGGCAGUGGGACCCAGCUUCUCUCUGGCUGGUGCCCUGUGCCAGUGUCCUAUGGCCCUGUCUAUCGAAUAUGCAGUCCAGGCUUAGAGCUGCCACUGGCAAAGUGUUAUUCUUCUGGAAGCAGGAAAAGUUUCCUAUCUGGCUUGUUAGAAAAUAUCAAACAAGAAUUAGCAAAAAACAAGGAAAUGAAAGAAAGUAUAAAAAAAUUCAGAGAUGAAGCUAAGAAGUUGGAAGAGUCAGAUGCACUUCAGGAAGCAAGAAGGAAAUAUAAAACCAUUGAGUCUGAAACAGUCAAAACAUCUGAAGUAAUUAAGAAAAAAAUUGGAGCAUUCACUGGUACAGUGAAAGAGAGUUUGGAUGAAGUAAGUAAAAGUGACAUUGGCCGAAAAAUUCUAGAAGGCAUGGAAGAAGCAGCCAAAACAGCCAAGCAGUCUGCAGAAUCUGUGACCAGAGGUGGGGAGAAGCUGGGCAAAACAGCUGCUUUCAAAGCCAUAUCUCAGGGAGUUGAAAGUGUGAAGAAGGAACUAGAUCAAAGCGUACUAGGACAAACAGGCCCCUACCGAAGGCCCGAGAGACUUCGAAAACGGACUGAGUUAUCUGGAGAGAAAAUCAAAGAGGAUAAAGUAUUUGAACCCAAUGAGGAAGCAAUGGGAGUUGUGCUGCACAAGGAUUCAAAAUGGUAUCAACAGUGGAAAGAUUUCAAGGACAACAAUGUCGUCUUUAAUAGAUUCUUUGAGAUGAAGAUGAAAUACGAUGAAAGCGAUAAUGCCCUCAUUCGAGUAUCUCGAGCAGUGACAGACAAGAUUACAGAUUUAGUAGGUGGCCUGUUCUCGAAGACAGAGAUGUCUGAAGUUCUGACUGAAAUCCUCAAAGUGGAUCCAGCUUUUGACAAAGAUAAAUUUCUGCAGCAGUGUGAACGGGAUAUCAUUCCCAAUGUCCUAGAGGCCAUGAUUACUGGAGAGCUGGAUAUUCUCAAAGACUGGUGCUAUGAAGCAACGUACAAUCAAGUAGCUCAUCCCAUCCACCAAGCAAAAUCCAUGGGCCUGCAGUUCCAUUCCAAGAUUCUGGACAUCAGCAAUGUUGAUCUGGCGAUGGGGAAGAUGAUGGAACAGGGACCGGUACUAAUCAUCACGUUCCAGGCACAGCUAGUGAUGGUGAUCGGGAACCCCGACGGGGAAGUGGUAGAAGGAGACCCGGAUAAAGUGUUGCGUAUGCUGUACGUGUGGGCACUCUGUAGAGACCAGACUGAGCUCAACCCUUACGCAGCCUGGAGGCUGCUGGAUAUUUCGGCCUCAAGCACAGAGCAGAUUCUCUGAAGACAACUGAUGGGGACCUGCUGGACUGUGCUGUGUUGUUCUCCCAGCAAGGGCCCCACUACUGUCAGAAGCUUCAGGAUGCAAGACCAUUUGGCUCCUGCAGGGUACUUUGUGACCCCCCUUUCCAGGAUCCAGUGUGAAAGGAGGGGGGAGGGAAGACUGGGUACUGGAUGAGAUAAGGACAUGAGAAAUUUCCCCUUGGGGAAUGAAGCUGGCGAGGAGGGGUGGUGUUGGGGAGCUAGUAUAUGAGCAGGGUAACUCAUGGGGUCCCAGGUUUAUGAGGUUAAGACUGUCGCAGAAGAAGCUUGAGGCCUGAUGCUGUCUCCCUCCUUCCUGCAUUGGGCCCAAUAGGUGUAUCCAGGGAGCAUCUCUGUCUUGGCCUGCUGCCUAGAGACCUUCCCUUCUCCCUCUGUCCUCUCCUGUCCCCACAGGCUGGUUGGUUAGUAACUGAGAGAAGCCAAAUUGGGUGCCAAAAGUCCUGCAGAGGCCCAGGAGCCGGGCAUCCAAAAGCAAAAAGCGAAAGUGAGCCGAGGUCCCUGAACACAAAGCUUGCUGAAGAAGUUCGGGGAAAGGGGAAUAUUGGGG